AUGGGUCUUUUAAUUUCUAAAUUAUUUAAAAACCGGGAAAUGAGAAUAUUGAUGUUGGGUCUUGAUAAUGCCGGUAAGACUACAAUUUUGUAUAAAUUGAAAUUAGGUAAGACAUCGAGAACUGUUCCAACGGUAGGUUUCAAUGUUGAAACCGUUAAACAUAAAAAUAUCUCUUUUGCCGUUUGGGAUUGUGGUGGACAAGAAAGAAUUAGACCUCUUUGGAGACAUUAUUUCACCGGUACUAAUGCAUUGAUUUACGUGGUUGACUCUUCUGAUAUUAAUAGACUAGAAGAAUCUAAAAAAGAGUUAUUAAGAGUUAUUAACGAUAAAGAGUUGGCCAAUUCUUUAUUAAUUGUUUUGGCUAAUAAACAAGAUGUCCCCGGGGCAAUUAAACCAAAAGAAUUGAUUGAACGUUUUGAAUUGUCUGAUUUAACCGGUGAACAUACUUGGUCAGUUAUACCUACUAUAGCUAUUGAUGGUACUGGACUUGUAGAAGCUUUAAAUUGGAUUUCAAGUCACAGUAAGUAA